AUGAAGGUUGAUAUCAUGAGGGAAGCAUAUCAUGUAGAAAAUCAAUUAGAUCAACCUUUCUGUUACCAGAUUUCUGUAUCGGAUGCAGUGAGCAUAAGGUACAGGAGGAAGGGACAUGAGCUUGAUCUAAAACCGCUCAAGAAAGUGAUUUUGUCGCCACAAUCUUUAAUCGAUGGUAAAUGCGAGAAUAACGCGUUACCAUUGCUUAGAGAACCGUAUGGGCUCCAAACUAGAGAGGUUUAUCCCUUUACCAUGACAAAACCCGGUGUCGAUGAUGAAAUUGUUCUAAGAUACGAUGACACAAAACCCAAGUUUACGGUUAAGAGCAUGGUAGAAUACUGGGAUCCUACUACCUUCAAGUCGAUUUUGGAGGAAAACUUUGGAAACCCAGAAAAACGAAAUCCUAUGAUUGGAGCCAUGAAAAUGGGGUCUUAUAUACACUGGAACAGCUUUGCUCCAUAUAGUCAUCGUGCCAUUGUUCGGGAUUAUCCGGGUUUGCUUAGAGAGUUGAAAAAAGAGCCUUUGCAUGCUAUGGUAAUUGUAGGGAUCGACACAGACGAAGGGAAUAACAAUUGUGUCGUAAAAAACUCGUAUGGGUAUGGAUGGGGCAAAGAUGGUUUUGGGCAGGUAAACAUCAGUGACUUGCAUAGUAUAGAAGAGAUUGAGAUACCUGAUAAUAAUGAUUAUCUGUCAAAUUUGGCCGAAAGAUUAAAAAAUUGA